AUGUUCAAAGUUGUUUUUCAAAAUACACCUAAAAAGAUCCCAAAUCUAAAUGAAUAUAAUAUUUGCAUAAUAUGCAUGUUUGAAAUUAGUUUAACUCCUCAAAGCCCAAUUAUAGCUUCUGAAUCAGAAUAUUUUUGCUCUACUUGUCAAGAUAUAAAUCUAAGAAAGACUUUAGAACAAAAAGACUUUAUCAAAAAUAUCAAUAAACAAGUUAAUUCUAUUGAACCUACUACUGUGAAUACACUUAUAGAAUAUACUCCUAUACUGUUUAUUACAAUUGCCAACUCCAUCAACUCUAAUGAUCCAGCUAUAUCUACUGUUACCAACACCAAUUCUAAUGCCAUCUUCAGUAGUCCUGCUUCUGUUACUUUUACGAUUACUGACUUUAAAAAUCUAGCUAUGCCUACUGUUACCAACUCUAGUAAAUCUACUAAACCUGCCAAACCUGCCAAAUCUACCAAACCAAUAGCAUUAUUCAACUCCAGUAGCUUUAGUGGUUCUGAUGAAGCUCUAAAAAAAGAAAGAAUUUUUUUAGAAAUUUUUGUUGAAUUAAUUACUCUUAACAAAGAAAUGUCUAGAGUUAGUAGUAGUGAAGAAGAAACAAUAGCAUGCCAAGCUGAAAUACUAUCCUGGUAUCAAUAUGCUAAAGAAUUUGAAAACCAAUUGAACAAAGAACUACAGAAUAACAAAACAACUAUGAACAAAGCCAAAUCUAAGGUCUAUAAUGAAAUAAUCUUACAUUGA